UGAUCUAUUUACAUACAGGAUACAGUACGCACUUUAACCAAACACGCCCUCUGAGUCUGAGUUCUACUACUCCUAUAAUACUACAAAAUACUCGAAAAACACCUAAAAUUAUCAGUGAAGGGGAUAUGGAUUCCAUGGUAUUUUGUUCCGGGGUUACCUUCAAGUUGAGACCACCAUUUCUUUCAGAAAAUGCAAAUGGGUCUUCAACUUUGGCUUCUCAGAGAGCCCACUGUCACAUAAGCAACUUAAGAUUUGGAAGAUUUAAUGAAAAUAAGAGUGGAUGUUAUUCUUUAAGAACUGCUGCAUCAGGAAGGUUUCGGAGAAGAGAUGAUGAGAAGAUAACUCAAUCAUCUGAUUCUAAGUCGGCAAAUCAGGAUGAAAUCAUCUCUCUGUUUAGACGAAUACAGUCUUCUAUCUCCAAGGAAGAGACCAUGACUAGGAAACAAAGUUCCGGGUCCGACGAGGAAAAACCUUCUCCGGAAUCACUCUUGGAUGUUCUACAGCAAUCGAGUAAGCAAAUGAAAGUAGCAAAUACUUUGAACGAAAGAGGAGAGAAGGUUUUGUCAAUUAGAGAAGGCCAUUGGAAGAAUGACGGGAAAACAGAUUUCCCUUCUGUACCAGACCUCAAGUUAACUCGACCACCAUCUAAUUUUAUAAAAAGGUCUCCAAUUCCAAGCACACUAAGCUCAAGACCAGAGACUGAAGAUAACAGAGAAUCACUCGAUGCAGGCAGUGAAAAGGAAUUCGUUUCGGAGAGAGUUGAGGUAAUGAAACUCCCAGCAUUAAAGGAACUGGCAAAAUCUAGAGGACUUAAAGGAUACUCGAAGUUGAAGAAAAGUGAGCUUAUAGAAUUAUUAAGGCCAUAAUGCGGAUUAUUAACAGUGUCUGUUCUGAGAGAAUUUAACACUUGCUAUAUUUUUCUUUGUCAAUGUUGCUUCCUUGGAUUGUUAGAUUUUAUUGACAUGUGGUUUCUCUCUA